CUUCGUCCAGCUUCCUCCGGCCAUUGGCGGUGCACAGGUCUCAACUCUACUACAGCAGAGGCCUGGCAACGGCCACGUCAUCCAUGGCGUCUUCUCAGCCGCCCCCCUCCUCCUCUGGCAUCAGCCUCCUCACAGCGGAAGAUUCAGCGGCGCUCGAUGCAGACCUCAUGUCGACUCCUGGGUUCAGCAUCGACCAGCUGAUGGAGCUCGCGGGGCUCAGCGUCGCCUGCGCCAUCGCCAAAGUUUACCCGCCGCCGUCCAGGGUUCUCAUCGUUUGCGGCCCGGGGAACAACGGAGGCGACGGCCUAGUCGCCGCCAGGCACCUCUGGCAGUUCGGCUACCGGCCUACGUGCCUCUACCCCAAGCCCACGGCGCGCCAGCUAUUCACCAACCUCGUCGAGCAAUGCAAGCAGCUGGACAUCGAGUUCCUACCGUCUUGGGAGGCGGCUGGAGACCUAGGUAGCUACGACGUGGUCCUUGAUGCCAUGUUCGGCUUCGGCUUCAAGGGCGACCCGCGACCGCCAUUCGAUACCAUCCUCAAGGACCUCUCGAAGAGCGGCGCAACUCCCGUCGUUUCGGUUGACGUGCCAAGCGGAUGGUCGGUGGACGAGGGCGAUUCGAAAGGCGGCGGCCUCAAGCCCGAAAUGCUGAUAUCUCUCACGGCCCCAAAACUCAGCGCGAGGUUUUUCGAGGGCCCCCACCACUUCCUCGGCGGCAGGUUCGUCCCCCCAGGGAUCGCGAGCAAGUAUUCCCUCGAGCUUCCCGCUUACCCGGGUUCGGAGCAGUGUGUCCGGCUCGAGGAGUGGGGGCAACAGCGACGCACAAAACAACCACAGGAGCCGUGCGAAGGAUAA